AUGACCUUGCGACAUUCAUGUAGAUCAGUGAUUCCCAAAGUGGGCGCCAGAAUGAAAAAAAUUUCGUUGAGCAAUAAUACCGUGCAAAGAAGAAUUGAUGAAAUGGCACAAGAUGUUGAAGAUUCAUUAUGUGGCUACUUGAAAACAUCUCGGUUUUCAAUUCAACUUGACGAAUCCACAUUGCCCGAAAACGAAGCUUUGCUUUUAGCAUAUGUCCGGUUUAUAAGAGAAGAAAAAAUGUGUCAAGAAUUAUUGUUUGCUAAAUCUUUGAAAACUGACACGAAGGGAGAAACAAUAUUUUUUGCAUUAGAUGAGUUUUUUAAAGAAAAAGGAAUACCUCUAAGAAAUAUUUUAUCAGUAGCCACAGAUGGUGCUCCAGCGAUGGUAGGGCGCUACAAGGGUUUUUUUGCAUUUUUAAAAAAGAAGGUGCCAAAUGCUUUUGCAGUACACUGUGUCAUUCAUCGCCAACAUCUUGUUGCUAAAAAUUUGAGUGAACGCCUUCAUAAUUCGUUGCAAUAUGUUAUUAGAGCUACCAACCUAAUAAAAAGCAGAGCUAAGAAUGAUAGGUUAUUUAAACAGCUUUGUAUUGAUAACGACGAAGAAUAUAAUCGUUUGCUGCUUCAUACAGAAGUAAGGUGGCUAUCAAAGGGUGCCUGCUUAGAUAGAUUUUAUAAACUUUUUAAUUCGGUGCUGGAGUUUUUGAAGGAUAAUAAUGAGGAUUUGCGAUCAAAACUAAUACACUACAAAAGUGACAUCGCUUACUUAACAGAUUUAUUUAAAAAAUUCAAUGAAUGCAAUAUACAACUUCAAGGGGAUGAAAUAAACUUAAUAAAAACAAAAUCUAUUAUUCCUGCAUUCAUUACAAAACUGUUUAUAUUCAAGCAAAAUUUUGGACGAGGAGAAUUAGGUCAGUUUCCAAACCUAUCAGAAGCAGAAAAAAAAGAUAGCGAUAUACAGUCUUACUGUGAGCACUUAAAUGCACUUCAUUCUGAUUUUUCUAAGCGAUUCGAAGAUAUCAUGGAAAUGAACAUACCUGAUUGGAUUUUCGAUCCCUUUACAAGUGGAAUUACAGAAGAUUCUCCAGAGCUACAAGAAGAAUUGAUGGAGAUAAUGACAAAUGAGGAACUGAAAUUUAAAUUCAAGAGUGGUUACCAACAAUUCUGGCUGCAAAAAGAGAUCCCGACGGCUUACCCACAAGUUUGGUCAGUCAUUGAAAAAUUUCUUAUUGCAUUUCCAUCAUCAUACUUAGUGGAAUGUGGAUUCAGCGGUGCAACCAAUUUAUUAACAAAUACAAGAAACCGAUUACAAAUAGUAGAUCGUGGAGAUUUAAGAUUACUUCUGACGAAGAUAGAACCGCGAAUUGCGAAAUUGGUAGCAGCACACCAGAUUCAUCCCUCAAAUUAA